UAAACAGACUGUUCUGCAAAGGCUGAGCAACACACUGGCUUGCGUCUUCCUUACGCAUGGAGAGAAGAGGAGAGGGAGUCCUGGGCUAGCUGACUAGGAAAAGGGAAAGCCACGAAGACAGACAGCUAUGGCUUUGGGAUCAGUGGCCCGGAGGCUGGCAGUAUUGGCCCUGCUAGCCUUGGCAGUGCCGCUGUGUUAUGGGUGCCCAGAUACUUGCAGAUGCUCCGCCACUUCGGUGCAGUGUUUCGACCCAGACACCAUCAGCAGCGUCCCGGCUCUCUUUCUGAACAGCAGCGAUAAUAUUACAGAUAUUUACAUUGAAAGCCAGACCGACCUGGUGAAUUUAACAGCAUCGGAAAUGAAGAACUACGGAGAACUGAGAAACUUGACCAUUACUCUGUGUGGGCUGUCGUACAUCGCGGGGAACGCCUUUGAACACAACCCCAAGCUUCAAUACAUCAACCUGGCCUCCAAUUCCCUGGAACAAAUCUCCUGGAGAGUAUUUCACCAGCUGCCUCUCACUGGCCUUGUUCUGAGGGAGAAUCCCCUCCAAUGCUCCUGCGACAUUCAUUGGCUGCAGCACUGGCUGCUGAGUGGGCGGGCUGACCUACAAACCCAAUCGCUGAGCUGCAACGCCCAAGACCAGCAAAUCCCAUUGGAUGACAUGAUGCUGGAGAAUUGCAGCGUCCCCGAGGUCUAUAUCGAUCACUCGGACCUCACGGUGAAAGUGGGGGCCAACAUGACCUUCUCCUGUCGUGUGAUUGGGACCCCGACACCCACCGCUUACUGGAACACUCAGGAGCUGCACUCCGACUUCACCAUUGAGACAGGAGGCAGUGAUCUGGAGCUGGAGGUGGUUCUGAGAAUCAGUAACGUUUCCUCUGAAGACAACCGUCUGAACCUGACCUGCGAAGCCCAGAACCGGGCCGGACCCAGCGAGGAGUCGGUACCCCUCGACAUCCUCUUCCCCCCGAAGAUCCUGGAGCUGGGCAACGCCGUGCCUCAGCAUCACUGGUGCUUCCCCUUCUCUGUGGAUGGGAACCCCACCCCUAACAUCAGCUGGCUGUACAACGGCUCCGAGCUGCAGGAGUCCAUGUACAUCUUCACCCAGGUGAUCCGAGACGCGAGCGACGGCUCCAAGACCCACGGCUGCCUGGCCUUCAACAAGCCCACCCACUUGAACAACGGAAACUACACCCUCGUCGUCAACAACAGCCUGGGCGGCGCCGCGGCGACCGCCUGCGGAAUGUUCAUGGACAACCCCUUCGACAACCCCGAGGGUCUCAUUCCAGAUCCUACAAGCAAACCGUCGGAAAGCGUGACUGAAAACCGGGAACACAAAAACUUUGGGGUUGCAGUGGCUGUGGGGCUGGCUGUGUUCGUCUGCACUUUCUUCAUCGUUAUUCUGGUGAUUGUCAACAAGUGUGGCCGGCAGUCCAAGUUCAGGAUCUCCCGUGGCGCUAUACUGGGAACAGAAGAGGACCUGGCCGUCUCGCUCCACUUCAUGAAUUUCGGGAUCAGUCCCCCCUCCUCUGCAGAGGCAGCCCUGGGCGGGGGGGUGUCAAGCUUCGUGGAGAACCCCCAGUACUUCUGCGGCAUCAUCAAAGACAAGGAUAUGUGUGUGCAGCACAUUAAGCGCCAGGACAUCGUGCUGAAGUGGGAGCUGGGAGAGGGAGCGUUCGGCAAAGUGUACCUGGCAGAGUGCACCAACCUGAGCAGCGAGCAGGACAAGAUACUGGUGGCAGUGAAGACCCUGAAGGACGCAGCCUGCGAGUCGACGCGUCAGGAUUUCCAGCGGGAGGCGGAGCUGCUGACCGUCCUGCAGCACGAGCACAUCGUGCGCUUCUACGGCGUGUGCACCGACGGGGACCCCCUCGUCAUGAUAACACUGCUAGAAUACAAUAUGAACUAGGAUGCCGUGUACAUGAGACACGGAGAACUAGGCUUCCUUUUGAGAGCUCACGGCCCGGAUGCUCGAAUCCUGGAUGAAGGGAAGACCCCCUUGCUUGGCCAGCUGACCCUGCCCCACAUGCUUCAGAUCGCCGGUCAGAUAGCCUCUGGGAUGGUUUACCUUGCCUCUCUGCACUUUGUGCACCGAGACCUGGCCACACGAAACUGCCUGGUCGGGGAGGAGCUGGUGGUGAAGAUUGGAGAUUUCGGCAUGUCCCGGGACAUUUACAGCACCGAUUACUACAGGGUCGGAGGUCGCACCAUGCUGCCCAUUCGCUGGAUGCCCCCGGAGAGCAUCUUGUACAGGAAGUUCACCACGGAGAGCGACGUCUGGAGCUUUGGGGUGCUGCUGUGGGAGAUUCUCACCUGCGGCAAGCAGCCCUGGUACCAGCUCUCCAACAACGAGGCGAUCGAAUGCAUCACACAGGGCAGGGAGCUGGAGAGACCCCGAACCUGCCCCCAAGAGAUCUACUUGAUCAUGCAGGGCUGCUGGCAGAGAGAGCCCCAGCAAAGACUGACCAUCAAGGAGAUUCACAACCGGCUCACUGCGCUGGUCAAGAGUCCCCCAGUGUACCUGGACAUCCUGCAGUAACUGGACAACUGGACAACUGGACUCAAACUAUCCACCCCUGAAACCCCCGAAUCCAGGAGGUGUAUUGGACUGCCCCCCUUGGCCCAACACCGUUUCCUCCAAUCAGGCAGGGCGGAAUAUUUGAGGCAGCCAGUGGUGGUCAGAGACAACAGAGACUGCAUUGCCUUGUGUGUGUGUGUGCGUGCGUGUAUGUGUGUGUGUCUGUGUGUGUGCAAUACAGCAGUGUGCGCAUGUAUUA